CUGACAUUUCUGUACAGUAGAAAUAGAAAAAUACGAAAAGAAGAAGCCAAUUGUAAGAACCUUCCUGCUGUGUUUCUUAUCCAAAAUCACGGCCGCAACGCAGCAAUAUGUUGGGGAGACAUGUGGGACCCAUAUUGCAUGUGCAGUCCGACAAGCCAUAUAAACACCGAGGCCGAGUUUCAAAUAUUUACAACAGCUUCUCAGCUAACUUUUUCACUGAUCGAAUGGCGACGGAAGAGGUUAUUGAUGGCGCCAAGCUCCGUUCUCAGUUUCUUCAAGUCCUUCGCACACGUCGUCCUCCUCAAGUUUCACUCAGUGUGAUACCUGGAAAACCUGUAAAUGAUCCAUCAAAGCCAAUAUUCAGUGAGGUAAUGGCAUCUUGCCCUAAGGAAGAUAUUCCUAAUAUGAAGGAACUUCUUCAGGAGGAAAAUUUCUACUUGACCACAGAGGAAGGAGAGCAAGGGCUGUUGCCUGUCUUGGUAUUGAGCUUGAAGGAAACCGAUAAGAAGAAGAGGCCAGCUAUUGUCUUCCUGCAUAGUACAAACAAAUAUAAAGAGUGGUUACGGCCAUUGCUUGAGGCAUAUGCUUCGAGGGGAUACAUAGCUGUAGCAAUUGAUUCUCGAUACCAUGGAGAACGUGCCACCAAUAUGACAACAUAUCGUGAUGCCCUUAUAUCGUCAUGGAAAAACGGUGAUACAAUGCCUUUCAUAUUUGAUACGGUCUGGGACUUGAUAAAACUGGCGGAUUAUCUAACAGAGAGGGAAGAUAUCGACUCGUCAAGGAUAGGAAUUACUGGUGAAUCGCUUGGAGGUAUGCAUGCAUGGUUUGCUGCAUUUGCCGACACUCGCUAUGCAGUGGUUGUUCCUAUAAUUGGAGUUCAGGGAUUUCAGUGGGCAAUCGAGCAUGAUCGGUGGCAGGCAAGAGUUGACAGUAUCAAGGCUGUGUUUGAAGAAGCACGUUCUGAUUUAGGGAAGAAUGAGAUUGAUAAAGAAGUGGUUCAGAAGGUUUGGGACAGAAUUGCUCCAGGUUUGGCAUCUCAAUUUGAUUCACCAUGCACAGUACCGGCCAUUGCACCACGCCCCUUGCUGAUUUUAAAUGGAGAGGAAGAUCCUCGUUGUCCAAUUGCUGGCCUGGAUAUUCCAAAGUCAAGAGCCCAUAAAGCUUGUGCAGAUGCUGACUGUCCACUUAAUUUCAAGCUGAUAGCCCAAGCUGGCAUUGGACAUCAAAUGACUCCAUUGAUGGUAAAGGAAGCGAGUGAUUGGUUUGACAGGUUCCUUAAAGUGUAGUUGCAGGGUUUUCCAUCAACAACUACCAAUCUUUUCCCCUAAACUAGUGUGAGUGUUUGAUACUUUUUCGUGUAAAAUGGUAGAAGCUGCUUUACUAGUUGUUAAUGUGGGAAAACUGUAACUGAUAGACAAGAAUGCUACAUUUAUUUCUCAGCUGCUACAUUUAUUUCUCAGCUUUUAAUUUAGGGGGUUUAUAGGAGGCAAUGAAUAAGCCCAAGUGUAUUCCAGGGCAUUUUAGGCUUUCUUCAUGGCCGAAAUUACUUACGGGCGCUGGCCAAAAUAUACAAAACCUAUACACUGAUUAUGUAUAUUAUAUGUAUGUUAAUGUAUAUUAUA